AUGAUGUACAUGAAGCAGGCGCAGUUCGGGGUGAGCGGGCUGGCUCUUCCUGCAGGGGGCAUGGACUUCCUCCACGCGACCGCUGCCAUCUAUCCCGGAACUCCGAGGAAGCAAAGACGAGAACGCACAACCUUCACCCGGACCCAGCUGGACAUCUUAGAGGCUCUGUUCACAAAAACUCGAUAUCCGGACAUCUUCAUGAGGGAGGAAGUGGCUCUGAAAAUCAACCUGCCCGAGUCCAGAGUUCAGGUCUGGUUCAAGAACCGACGCGCCAAAUGCCGCCAACAGCAGCAGCAGCAGACCAGCGGCCAGCCAAAGCCUCGUCCCCCUAAAAAAAAGCCUGCUCCCUCCAUUCCAGUGGACAUGCCCUCGGACCCCGGCAGCUCCUCUCUAGCUCCACCACCUCCUCCUCCCCCGACCCUUGGGUCUGCUCCUGUGUCCAUCUGGAGUCCGGGCUCGCUCUCACCGCUCCCUGACCCUCUGUGUGGCUCGGGGACGGCGUGCAUGCAGCGUCCGUACGCCAUGAGCUACUGCCCAGCGUCGACCGCCUACAGCGCCGGCUUCGGGUCGUCUUCGUACUUCGACUGCGGCCCCUAUCUGUCGCCCGUGACCUCUCAGGGUGCCCUGUCGCCCCUUGCCGUGCCCUCCGUGGGCACCUCACUGAGCCAGUCGCCGUCGCUCAGCUCACAGGCCUACGGCUCCGUGACCUCGCUCGGCUUCGACUAUCUCGACUACAAGGACCAGCAGGUCUGGAAGCUCGGCUUCAGCACCGUCGACUGCCUUGAUCACAAGUUCCAGGUGCUGUAG